GCGAACACAUUGCUUGAGCUAGCCUUUACUUGCGACUCGCCGUUUGCGACCGAAUCGUGUUAAGAACAGCGGGCCGGAUGACGUGAGAAUGGGGCAAGAACAGGGCAAAGUAGAGAGCGGCAGUCGAACUAGUUCCAUUACUCACCUAAAGAGCAAAUUCCGACGACGUGAUGGAUCACACCAGAAUUCGUUGGACCACUCCGUUCCUGAAGCUACCACACCUGAUGAACCUGACUCUCCUCUUGCAAACAGCAUGAGAUGGGAUUCACGUGACAAGCUAAAUUUUGAUGAUAAUGAAGAAUGUGAUAUCAAUGCUGAUCCCCAUAUGGUUGUUGCUGUACACACGUUUAUGGGUGGUGGACCAGAGCAGUUGACAGUUCACGCUGGUGAUGAACUUCGUGUUACUGACUACAGCGAGCAAAGAGACUGGUGUCAAGCAACAAACAGGAGAGGAGAAUGUGGCUGGGUUCCUAGCAAUUACAUAAAGCCGAUCAACAGCAUCGAGAAGCAUUCCUGGUUUCACGGUCCUAUCUCUCGCAACGAAGCUGAGUAUCUUCUCAGCAGUGGCAUUAAUGGCAGCUUUCUUGUACGAGAGAGUGAAAGCAAUCCAGGCCAGCACUCGGUCUCUCUCCGGUAUGAAGGCCGAGUCUUUCACUACAGAAUCCAAGUCAACCCGGAGGGAUUCAAGUAUAUCAGUCAAGACCAUUACUUCAAGACUCUUCCAGAGCUUAUCCAUCACCAUUCUCAGCAGCCAGAUGGUCUCAUCACGAUUUUGCGCUACCCGGCAACUAAACCCAAUGCCCCAGUGUUUGGCAUUCCGCAGAAGGGCGACAGAUGGGAAAUCAAAAAGAACGAUAUUCAGAUGCAUGACCGACUAGGAGGCGGCCAGUACGGUGAGGUGUACAAAGCGAGGUGGAAGAGCUGCAAUAAGAUUGUUGCAGUGAAGACCUUUCGAGAAGACACGAUGGAUGCAUCAGACUUUCUCAAAGAAGCUGCGGUUAUGAAGAAAGUGAAGCACAAGAACCUGGUUCAGCUAUUGGGCGUCUGUACGCUUGAACCUCCAUUUUUUAUUAUCACAGAGUACAUGCUAAACGGCAAUCUCUUGGAUUACUUGCGAGGAGAAGUUGGUAGGGAAUUAGACGCCGUUACUCUUAUGUAUGUGGCAACACAAGUUGCCAGUGCUAUGGCUUAUCUCGAACAGAAGAAUUACAUACACAGAGAUCUGGCUGCCAGGAAUUGUUUAGUCGGAGACAACAACUUGGUCAAAGUGGCCGACUUUGGAUUGUCGCGCCUAUUGAAGGAAGACAUCUACACCGCCAGCCAGGGAGCCAAGUUCCCAAUAAAGUGGACAGCACCUGAAGCUCUUGCAUAUAAUUCUUUCUCGACAAAGUCUGACGUUUGGUCAUUUGGUGUGCUCCUGUGGGAAAUUGCAACGUACGGCAUGACACCCUAUCCAGGAAUGGAGCUUAGUGCUGUGUAUACUUCUCUGGAUUCAGGCGAGCGCAUGAUGCAGCCUGAAGGUUGUCCUGAUGAAAUUUAUCAGCUUAUGCAAGGAUGUUGGCAAUGGGACGUUGAAGACCGUCCUACAUUUUCUGAAAUUCAUAAGGAGUUGAACAGCAUGUUCCAUGACUCGGGAGGCGUCACUCAUGCUGUCAAAAAGGCUUUGAAGGAUAAAAAGAAAGAUUCAAAAGGGGACAGUCGCAGUGACAGCCCAUCGUCUGUUAACAAUCCAGCGUCACCAGGAAUUAAAUCUCACAAGUCUCGUAAGGAUCAUUCAUCUCAUAUAUCUACUUCAGCUCAUAGUUCGCUCGCUUCGUCGACUGGGCCACCUGCAUCUCCGAUAAGUUCAUUUAAGUCCGGCCUUGAUGACGCACUUAGUAAGAGAGCGUCACUUGGUAGUUCAACUUUGCCAUUGCGAUCUGUGCAUGAAGAAGGAUCGUUUUCUACGGUUCCCUCAAAACGGAAGAACUCGCACGAUGAACUGAAGUUUACUGGAUCGUUUCCAUUGCAGCCCAGUCCUCCAGUUCCAUUGAGACAACAGUCUACUGGCAGAGGUUUGUCUGAUCGUCCGAUGUGUCCCCUACCCCCAUCGCCUCCACCUACUGAUUAUAAUGAUGACUCAUCAUCUCCGCCUCCUUUGCCACCACCGAGAGAUUUCAUUGUACCCCAUAAUGAUGAGCCACCGCCACCGCCCAUACCAUCCGCUAAAAACAAGCCAAGAUUGCCUGAUUCUUUUGCAAGAAUGAGUGGACCUCCACCUUUGCCAUCUUUUGGCAGUAAGCCUCAGAUGAGACACUUAUCCAGUCAAGCACCACUGGGUGAGCAAGAAGAUCAGAGUGCUCUACCACCUGUACCAACCUCAAGCAAGCCUUACACUUUGGUAAAUGGUCCAGGUGAUUGGGGUCAGCAGAAGGGUCAUGAACCACCACCUCUUCCACCAGACAACAUUCGGCCUCAGUUGCGCAGUAUCGUACCUGACAAACCACUUCCAGCAAGGCCAUCUAAUGCACAGCCUGUUGAAAGAGAUGAUGAUGGGGGACCACCACCAUUGCCAACGUCGAGUAAGCCUCAUCUUGAUCGAGGGCAGCCUGCAUCAAACCAUGUGCAGAAACAUAGUUACCUCGAAUCGCCGCCUGUUCCAUCUGUGAGCACCAAACCUUCUUUACACGGUCCUCCAAUCAAGCCACUUCCACCACUUCCGGGUUCUGCAUCAACAGGUGCAUCCCUAUCUUCUAAACCAUUCAGCAGACAUCAUGAUGCAUCUCAGCAGCAUGUUGCUAAACCUCCAGUGCCACCAAUUUCAGCCAAGCCUGCUUUUCUUCCGAAACCGCCUUUGCCAUCUGCCAAACCGGCUGUUCUGACUAAGCCAAACAUGAAGCCUCCAGUUCAAACCAAACCUACGGUACAGAGCAAACCGUCUUGGCUUAGACGAGAGGCCAGUUCAUCAAAUUUGUUGUCACCGCUUAUACCAAUGAAAGAUAAGGUGACAACUAUGGCUAACAAAAUCAUGACUAGGCAAUCACAACUGGCAUCAAGGAAGUCAGAAAACUUGCAAGAGUGCUUUGAUGCAUUUUCGUCAUCAGUGAGUGCUCUUCUAGACAAGACUGAUGAUAUUACAGACAGCCAUGUGGUAGUUUUGUCGAAGCAGAUUCAGUCAAAAUUGAUGGAGUUUAGAAACUUGACAAGACGGACAGGAGGUUGUCCAUCUGAUGGUGAAAUGGUUGAUAUUUGUUCAGCUAUAGAGGCGAUCAUGAAUUUGGUCAAUGACUUGUUUAGGUGAGGCAUCUAGUUUGCACACAGUCGUUUACUAUACAGAUGCAAUUUAUAUAGUGUGAAUGUAUUACUCAUGGUACACAGGGUUAGUGCAUGACUUUAUUAAAUAUAUUUGAGUGCGCUAGAUACUCAUUAGACCUGGAUGCUGUUUAUUCGGGGUUUAGUUUGUUUAAUUCUAGUUUUAAUGUGAUGACAAAAUUGAAAGUGGAAUUUUCACGUGUUGGUGUAGUUGCA